UAAAGCGCACAGGAAUAUCGUGCUAGCUCGCUCGUCGAGCGGCUCUAGUUUUCGCCUCGUCGGCCUCAACGGCGCUCACGGUCGUGAUUGGACCUAUGGUGACGUUUAUGGCGCCAGAAAUCAAGGUGGGAAAGCGGGCUGCUUCGGACGAGGGUUUUUAUUCCGCGCUCGGCUGUUACUGGGAUGUGGUUAGAAGCCGAAUAAAGUCGAAUUUCUCCGUAAAUGAGCUGCCUUAGGUUGUAAGCGACGCCAUGGUGAUGCUUCGAAGCAGCAGCGGAACCGCCGAGGCGGCCGCGGCGAAGAGGGCGCCUUCUGAUAUGGACUCCAGCUCGGAGUUUCUCUCCCUGCGGCGGCCGCAGCGAAAGUCAGCGCGGUUGAGAAGGGGCCUGGAUGACAGCUGCAGCAGCGCCGAGAACAGCCCAGCCAACGGAUAUUUGUCUGCCAAGGAGGAAAACAGUGAUGACAAAUGCAGCAUGAGGACACGGGCUCAAAGAGACAAAGCCAGUGUGAAGUUUGCUGAUAUGAGGAACCAAACUGACAGAUCUUCUCAAAAAGAGGAUAAAAGAUCUCAAAAGGAACAUAAAAGAUCUUCUCAAACGGAGGACAAAAUAUCUCCUCAGAAGGAGGACGAAAGUGUGAGACAUUUAAGGAAAUCUCCAAGAUUCCAGACAGAUGGCGAUAAAUCUGGUGACGAGAAUACUGUUGUAGAUGAGAUUGACCGGACAGCAACCCCUCAGAAUAUUCGUGCGCGAUUAAGAGAGGAAAAGGAGGACAGUGCUGUAAGACGCAGCUCCAGGAUCACCAGAUAUAAGCUUGAUGCCAGGAACCAGUCUGUCCUCUACGACCGGCUAAUCACAAACACUGCAGAGGCUGUCCUCCAGAAGAUGGACGACAUGCAGAAAAUGCGGCGAAGGCUGAGGAGCAGAGACUCAGAAGAGGAGAAUCACAGAAUGUACUCUGAAGCCAAGAGGAAGAGGACCACACAGUCCUCUGUGAGAACAGAUGAGGAGAGUGCUGAUGAUCAAGAGAAUGAAUACAGUGAUCAGGAAGAUGAUAAUGACAACGAAGAUGAUGAAGAUGAAGAAGACGGAGAAGGAGAGGAAGAGGAAGAAGACAACCAGAAACGCUAUGAAUUCAGGCAAAGAAAAGCUGUUGUUCGCUACCAAGCUCCUCUUGAGGAGCCAAGGAAGCAGAGCAUAUUUUUCCGCCGACACUCCACCCCAAUCAGGCGGAGGUAUUCCUUCGGUGCCACAGGACCCCAUAGCCCAUACAACAGACGCAGAAGCAGCAGAAGGAGGCAUGCCAUCCACAGUAGUGACUCAACCUCUUCCUCUUCAUCAUCUGAUGAUGAGAAAUUUGAGAGAAGAAGAAAUAAGAGCCGGAACAGGUCAAUGUACAGAUGCCUUCCAAUGAACUUGCUGAAGGAGGAUCUUUUGGGAAUCCACAAGGACAGAAUUAAAGUCGGAGCAAGUCUCGCUGAUGUUGAUCCAAUGCAGAUUGACCAAACGGUGCGCUUUGACAGCAUUGGUGGUUUGGGCAGGCAUAUCUCGGCUCUAAAGGAAAUGGUGGUCUUUCCCUUGCUGUACCCUGAAGUCUUUGAGCGGUUUAAGAUUCAGCCUCCAAGAGGUUGUCUUUUCUACGGCCCUCCCGGUACAGGAAAGACCCUGGUUGCUCGGGCCCUGGCCAACGAGUGCAGUCAGGGGGAUAAGAAAGUGGCAUUCUUCAUGAGGAAAGGAGCAGACUGCCUCAGCAAGUGGGUGGGAGAGUCUGAGAGACAGCUGCGAUUACUUUUUGACCAGGCAUACCAGAUGCGUCCAUCAAUCAUUUUCUUUGAUGAGAUUGAUGGAAUUGCACCUGUUCGAUCAAGCAGGCAAGACCAGAUACACAGCUCUAUCGUAUCCACAUUGUUGGCUUUGAUGGAUGGGCUGGAUAGUCGUGGUGAGGUGGUCGUUAUUGGAGCCACUAACCGGCUGGAUUCCAUAGAUCCUGCACUCAGACGGCCUGGGCGCUUCGACAGGGAAUUCCUAUUCAGCCUCCCAGAUAGAGAGGCUCGUAAGGAUAUCUUGAAGAUUCAUACAAGACAGUGGAAUCCACAGCCAUCUGAUGCUUUCCUCGAGGAGCUGGCUGACAAGUGUGUCGGUUACUGUGGUGCAGACAUAAAGGCCAUAUGUGCAGAAGCGGCACUGUGCGCCCUGCGGCGGCGCUACCCCCAGAUAUACGCCUCUUCUCAGAAACUUCUACUGGAUGUGGCGUCCAUCAGCGUGGAUGGCCGUGACUUCCUGUCUGCCAUGAGGAAGAUAGUCCCUGCAUCCCAGAGGGCUGUGGCGUCUCCGGCCCGAGCCCUAACGCCGGUUGUCCAGCCCCUGCUGGCCAAUACUCUCAUCAAUUCCCUGAAGGCCCUACAGAAGCUCUUCCCUCAUGUGGAGCAGGGCCUCAAGAAGAAAAAAGAAAAGGAUGGUGGAGCUGACAUACUAGAUGACCUCUUGCACAGUGAUGAUGAAGGAUCCUCUAUGUGCACAAGUAACCCUGCCCAGAAAAAUGCAGGGCCAGCUGGGACCUUCCUUCAUUUUAACAGGAGUGCUCUCCAGCAGCCCACUUCAUUCAGGCCCCGCUUACUGCUCUCUGGGGGUCCAGGCUCAGGUCAGAGCACACACUUGGCUCCUGCCAUACUCCACACUCUGGAGAAGUUUCCUGUCUACACACUGGACAUGGCUGUACUUUUUGGGGUCAGCACCACAAGCCCAGAGGAAGCCUGUGCACAGCUGUUUUGUGAGGCCAAGAGAACGGCUCCCAGCAUCCUGUACAUUCCUCAUAUGCAGCGCUGGUGGGACACAGUGAGCUCUGCACUUAAAGCCACUUUCCUCAGCCUGUUGCAGGACAUCCCUUCCUUCUCACCCAUCCUUCUCCUCGCCACCUGCAGCCUCCCUUAUCAGGAACUCUGCUCAGAGGUGCAGGAUCUGUUUCUCAUGGAGUAUGGAGAGGUAUUCAGUGUUUCACUUCCUUGUGAAGAGGAGAGACGCAACUUCUUUGAGGAUCUCAUUCUGGUCCAAGCUGCAAAGGCCCCUGUAUCAAAAAGAGAAGCAGUGCUCCAGGCUCUGGAGGUCCUCCAAGUGGCCCCCCCACCUCCUCCGCGCCAGCUCUCUGAGCAAGAGCAGCAGAAGCUAGAGGAGCAGGAAGAGGACACACUCAGGGAACUCCGCCUCUUCCUGCGUGAUGUCACAAACCGACUUGCUCAGGACAAGCGCUUCAAGAUCUUCACCAAACCUGUGGACACAGAGGAGGUUCCAGAUUACACUACAGUCAUUAAGCAGCCCAUGGACCUCUCCACAGUCCUCAGCAAAAUUGACUUGCACAAAUACGUAACUGUAAAAGACUUCCUUCAUGAUGUGGAUCUGAUCUGGAAGAAUGCUCUGGAGUACAACCCAGAUAGAGACCCCUCAGAUCGUUUGAUUAGACACCGUGCCUGCGCGCUCAAGGACACUGUUCAUGCCAUCAUCAAAGAUGAACUGGAUGAGGAUUUUGAGAAGAUCUGUGUUGAGAUCAAGGAGUCACGCAUGAAGCGAGGUUGCACCACAUCAAGGUUUACCCCUUCAUAUUACCAUGUGCUGCCAAAAGUCUCUGCAUUAGCAGAGCCUAAUGAUUCUGGCCCCUUCAAAGAUGCUGCUCCUGUGGUUGCAACACCAGUUACACCAAAGCAAGCAGGUGUACAGAAGAAAAAGAAGCGCAGGAAGCUAUGGAGCAAUGGCCUUGUCCGCCGAAAGAAGUCCUCAUACUCGCACUCAAAAGAAACAGUUGAGUCAGGUGAAGAAGAGGAGGAUGAGGAUGAAGACGAAGAUGACGGCAAAGCAGCAGAGAGCGAGGGUACAGAUGAGAAAGUCAAAGAUGUGGAAUCUGAACCGAUGGAGGUGGAGAACAAGAAGGAAGACCCACCUCCAACAGAGAAUGGGAACGAAACGGUCCCCCCGCUUGUUCAGAAUGGCAAUGUUAGCAGUGGAGAAGGAGAUGAUGUCUGUAUGGUUUCGUCUGUGAAUGGAAUCCAGAAUGGAAAUGUUUCUGAUGCCAUUCCGAAUGGCUGCAGUGCUGUAGAGGAUGGAGACGGUGAGGUCCAACUGAUGGAGAGCACUGAUGCUAAGGGGACGAAACCUAGUGCAGAGGAGGACACAGGAAUAGAGAAGGGGAUGAGACGUGUGACCAGAGGCUUGAGGAUGCAGGCCCAGCAGCAGCUUCUUGACGUGGACACUGCCAUGAGGAUCCUGGAACAGGGGAACCAGCCACUGAUUGUGGAUCACAACAAGCUGAAGGAGCUCUUGGAAAAAGCGGUGGCCAAGACUGAGGGUUAUGAGGUUGACCGGCUGGAGAAGCUUUAUGCUCUGUUGUGCCAGUGCAUCUACAGACAUAAGAGAAACUGUGACAAAACUGCACUUAUACAGGAGAUGUCCCGGGAAGUUGAGGAUUUCUCGUAGUCCUUCUUCAUAAGCAUAUACAUCCAGCUUUAGUAUUAAAGCAAAGUUCUGCAGCAAGUUCAUAAAUUAUAUUUUACUAUUACAUGGGGAAAUGAACAAGGGUGGAGUGUUGUACAUUUUCUAAUGUAUUCCUGUCUUCUAUUAAAGCCUUUGUCAGUA